UCAAAAUAUUUCUUAUGUUUUGUAGCGAGUGGGAGCGUACAGUUCUCAGAUUUUCCGCGUCGCCUCCCAUCGAUCUGUUUCGCCAUUUUCAAUUCUAUCUGUGUUAAAGGAUUGAACGCACUGAAAAUCCUCAAGAACACGACCCAUUAUUUCACUUUCCUUUCAAUUUUUCUUCCUGCUUCGAUUUUUCAGGUACCAGCUAUAUUCACCAGAUCCCUUGUUUUAGAGCUGCUUAGCUAAUAGUUCAUUAAAAUUCAAGUCUCUUUGUACAGCCAGGAUGUUUAGUUUCAUGAAAUCCCCCGCGAAAGUUUCUAAGCAGAAUUCUGUAGAUCCUGGAUUAGCCGGAUCCGGUACUAAUCCUUUUGAUUCAGAUACUGAACCUGAAACCAACCAACCUCUCAAUCCUGCAAGAAGAACUUCUUCCGAGCCUGCGCUUGUUAUACUGAACUCCAUUUCCCCCAAUCCUUUUGAUGAUGAUGACGAUGAUGAUGGUUUUGUUGGAAGAAGAGGUACUGCAACUUCUUCAGCCUCUAAAAACGGAUACAAAAAUGCAACUUCUUCAGCCUCUAUAAACGGAUACAAAAAUGAUUUUCGUGACUCGGGAGGAUUUGAGAGCCAGAGUGUGCAGGAAUUGGAGAACUAUGCCGUAUAUAAAGCUGAGGAGACCACAAAUUCUGUUAAUAACUGCCUGAAGAUCGCUGAGGACAUAAGGAGUGAUGCUACCAGGACCCUUGACAUGUUGCAUCAGCAAGGUGAGCAAAUUGAGAGGACCCACAGGAUGGCUGCUGAUAUGGAUAAAGAUCUAAGUAAGGGAGAGAAACUUCUGAAUAAUCUUGGAGGCAUGUUUUCUAAGCCAUGGAAGCCAAAGAAAACCAAAGAAAUUACAGGCCCUCUCAUAACAGCAGAUAAUUCAUCUGGGAGAACUGAAAACAACAAGGAAGAAAGGGAAAAACUGGGUUUAUCUACGGGCAAAAAGAAAUCGGCUACUCGAACACCACCUUCCGAAUCAUCUGGCGCAAUGCAAAAGGUCGAGGAUGAGAAGGAAAAGCAAGAUGAUGCACUCUCAGAUUUAAGUAAUAUCUUGGGUGAUCUGAAGAACAUGGCCGUGGACAUGGGAAGCGAGCUUGACAAGCAAAACAAAGCUCUGGAUCAUCUAAGCGACGAUGUCGACGAGCUGAAUUCUAGAGUGAAAGGCGCCAAUCAACGAGCUCGCCGUUUGCUUGGGUAGUAAAAUCAGACACUCUAAUUCUUCCCUUCUCUUUGUUUCUAGCUGGAAUCAUUUCGUUCAAACAUUCUUUAAUAGUUUGUGUACUUCUUCUGUUCUUUUCUCAUGUGAUUUUUUAGUUUAUAAUAAGUACAUUGCUUCUAUUCUUUCAAGGAAAAAGCCUGUUCCUUCCUCUUGUUGAAGAUAGAUAGCAGCCAUGAAUUUAGACAAUAAGAGUUAGAUACCAUUUUCU